GAGGACGAAAUGAGGUCGGCUUUCAAAAUUUUUGACAUCGACGGCAACGGGCUGAUUGACGCCCAGGAAUUGAAGCAGACGAUGCAGAACCUGGAAGAAGUACUCACCGAUAAGGAUGUGGAAGCCAUGAUACUGGCCGUCGAUAAGAAUGGCGAUGGAAAAGUUGACUAUGAAGGUUUG